UGUGUGUGUGUGUAUAACAUCGGCUUAAAAUUAUUCUUGAAAUCGUCUACGUUAUGGGUUGUGUUGUUCCCCCCAGGCUAUCUUGAAAUCGCUUUUGUAAUUUUGCACCUAAUUUUUGAUCGAUUUGAUGAAUGAAGAAGAUGGGUUCAAUUUGUAACUGUUUAGGGCGUCUCCAAAUCUUUUCUUUCGUCAAAUUUAAAUUUGGUGAAAAGACUCCAGUUUUGGUGCUUCAACGCUGUCAUCAAAAUCAGUAUCAAUAUCUUCAACUUUUCAUCAAAUUGGGGAUGGCUGGGGCCUUUCAUCAAAAUACUGAGCAGCAGCAACAGCACCGUCAGUCGGCCGGUUGGCCCCUGCACGUCCACCUUCCUUGCAAUUUACAGUAAAAUUUUACACUGGCCAGUUGACCGGUCCCAGUGGUCCUCCUAGUUGACCGGUGAUUCGACGAAAAAACAGAGUUAUUGUUGUGUUUGUGGGUCUUGGAGCUUUUGAAGUCAUAGUUGAGAGAUGAGUCAAAAAGGCUUAAUUUAUGGCUUUGUUGCGAAAGGAACGGUUGUUCUAGCUGAACACACUCCUUAUUCUGGGAACUUCAGUACCAUUGCUGUGCAAUGCUUGCAGAAGCUACCUUCAAAUAGCAGCAAGUACACGUACUCGUGUGAUGGGCACACAUUCAACUUUCUCAUUGAUAAUGGAUUUGUUUUUCUUGUUGUGGCGGAUGAAUCGGUUGGGAGGAGUGUGCCUUUUGUGUUUCUUGAGAGAGUGAAGGACGACUUUAAGCAGCGUUAUGGUGCUAGUAUAAGAACUGAUGGUCCAGAUUCCAUUGGGGAUGAAGAUGAUGAUGAAGAAGAUGAUUUAUUCCCAGACCGAUUUAGUAUUGCAUACAAUCUUGACAGAGAAUUUGGGCCAAGGAUUAAAGAGCACAUGCAGUACUGUAUGAACCAUCCAGAUGAAAUAAGUAAGCUGUCCAAACUGAAGACUCAAAUAACAGAGGUCAAAGGGAUAAUGAUGGACAAUAUUGAGAAGGUUUUGGAUCGUGGGGAGAAAAUUGAACUCCUGGUGGAUAAAACAGAAAACCUCCAGUUCCAGGCUGACAGCUUCCAGAGGCAGGGAAGGCAACUACGACGGAAGAUGUGGCUGCAGAAUCUCCAAAUGAAGCUGAUGGUAGGAGGAACGGUCGUUGCCCUAAUUGUCAUACUGUGGCUAAUAGCUUGCAAAGGUUUCAGAUGUUGAUGGGAUAAAUAAAACUAGUUUUAGUUGUUCUCUCAGUGUACAAAAAAUUUACGUGGUCCUGUAUAUGAAGUUUGUUGCUGGAAUGUGGAAUCUUUUUACCUGUUAUACCCCGUGAUCGGUUCUUGGUCACAAUAAUUUGCAGGAUAUAAUCUGAGAUGAACGUGCUGUAUGUUAUUUGUUUAUUUUUGCGUUGUAUUGGUAGCCUUUGAAAUCUAUCUACGGCACUGUAGUCAUGUUGUUCUGUA